AUGAUGACGACGUGCCGUCUGCUGUGCGCCCUGUUGGUGCUUGCCCUGUGCUGCUGCCCGUCCGUGUGCGGGGCAGACGCUCAGCCUGGGCCUCAAGCCGCCCCCGUUCCACCGCCCCCUCCACCACAGCCACCAACUACGACCACUACGAUCACGACGACCACAACCACGACGGCCGGUCAGUCAGGGUUGUCACGUUCGGGCCCUGAAACAGGAGGAAUACCAGGGAACGGUCAGGCUGCUAAAAAUUCAGCCACUGAGCCGGCUGCGGAAACAAUUGAGGCAGAAGCGCCACAUUUAACCGAUCUGGAACCAAUCGUAAAUAACGAGCCAAAUACAUCACUGACAGGGGGUAAGAACGGUAAUAAAGGAUCAGAAAUUGGCACCGGUACACCUGCGGACAAAGAAGUUAAUAACGCGGAAGACUCUUUCGAGACGACCACAAAGACGACCACAACAAAGGCGCCAACCACGACGACCACGACGACCACCACUACAACACAGGCACCAAGCACUACGACUACGGAGGCGCCAAGUACUACGACCACCCGCGCACCGUCAAGUCUUCGCGAAAUCGACGGCAGCCUCAGCAGCUCUGCGUGGGUGUGUGCCCCGCUGGUGCUCGCCGCAUCCGCGCUGGCGUACACCGCUGUGGGCUGA